AUGAUGUCGGAAGAGCGUUUGGAGGCGCUUCUAAAAAGCGCGAAACUCCGUGCCAAACAACUUCAACAAAAAUGUAUAUCCACUUAUCAAUAUGCCAUUCAACUAUACACUGAUGCCAUUGAAUCAGAAACUUUCGCGACUUAUGGCCAACUUAUUCUCCCAAUCGCCGUUAUGGUAUCCGUAGUGCUUACUAUUCUAAUCUGCAGUGUGAUUUGGAAGUUAUUAUAUUACAUCAACUUCUUGCAAGGUCUCAUGUUGUGGGUGAUCCUCUCGUGGGGUCUCGUCGCAGUUCUCUGCUAUUUUGCCCUCAACCAUCUUGGCAACACCACCGGCGACGCCGCCAACACAUCUUCCACCUUUGGCGGUCUGAAUGCCGGAAAAGGUGCAAAUGGCGUAACUCAUAGCUCAAGCGGCGAAUGGUCGAACGAAAUAGUUUCAUGGCUUUACUCAAACUUCCACAAGGUACCAGCUCCAAUGGAUGCAUGGAUCAAGUCUCUGAACGAAGCUGCUAAAAAAGUCACUUCUCCAACAAAGUGUGAGGUGCUUUUCGAGGGAUUCGGAGAUCAUAGUGACGUUUCACAACCACCAAAGAUUAGCAAUGUUCGCGUCGAGCAUGGCCCUAGAGAUCAUCUGACCGUCCGCUCGAACAUCCAUCUGCCGUGUGUUAAACUGCGGUUGGUUUCAUCACAACGAACUCCCGAGAGAAUGAUUGUCUCGAAUUACGACGUUUCGAUUGUGGAUUUGAGAGGAGAAGUUGAGUGUCGUAUGGCGUGCAUUGCGAAUCAAUUGUAUCUCAUGGGAUGUUUUAGUGGAAGGCCUGAAAUGGAUAUCGAGUUGAGAAAUACUGAUCCAAGUGCUCAGUAUCAAGUCUCGACUCCGAUGGUAGAGGAAAGUAUCAGAAGAUGCCUGUUGUCAGCGGUUACCAAUAUUAAUUUGUCCGAGGAGAUGCCAGAAGAAAGAAAUACAUUCGCUGAUACUUUCAGCAGAACCAUCUAUAACCCACCGACCCACUCCCCAGCCGGAACCAUGCGCAACUCUUAUAACAACUAUGAUCAACAACAGAAUCUUCACGUCGACUCUUACAACAACCAUUCGAAUCACAGAUCCAACAGUCCAUCAGGAGAUGUUCCUGAAAUGUUCAAGAAGCUUAACGAAUCUCAUGUAAGUUUUACAGAAACUUUUCUGAAUCGGUUUUUCGGUUUUCAGUUGAUCAGCCCAUCCUACAACAGCAAUUCUAUUCCGAACAAAAUGAGAAUCAAAGUUAUCAAAGCGAACCGUCUUGGGAAGGAAGUUUCCCAGCCGUUUGUGAAUGUUGAGAUGGACGAGCCCGCUCAAAAAUACUCAACGACAAAAGGAAUCAAUGCUAAUCCGUACUGGGAAGAAACUUUCGAUUUUGACUUGACCCCGGCCACAGAAGAAAUCCUUUUCGAAAUCUACGAAGGAAACGACAAAUUCCAUAUAAACGAUGAUGAAGGAUUCCUUGGCCUUGCUAUUGUCAACUUUGAAGAAAUCAGAAGAAGUGGAGAAACAGUUCACUCUUUGAAACUUCAAGGAAGACCAUAUCGAAAAGACGCCAUCUCUGGGGACCUCACUGUUCAAUUCGAUUUCUACUAUGAUCCCAAUCUUCUCACCGCUGGAAAACUCACCGACACUGUCAAGGUUACCAAUCCAAAUGGGUCGGAAUUCCGAGAGACAUUGACAACACACAGGCGACCAAUAUAUGAUCCACAUGACAACUUUGAUGGACACGAGCCAAUUAUCCCAUCAAAAACUACUACUGUCACAGUAAAGACCGUAUCACAGACAUUGAAGGAAAAACCGACUAUCCAGUCUGUCCAUGGAUCCCUAGAAAACGCAAUCGAUCCAGCUACUCAGAAAAUCAUUGAACAGCAGUUGAAGAAUGACCCUAAGACACGUGAACUUGAAGCUAAACUUCAAUCUGUAGCUCAGAGUAUGUCUGCAUCCAGCACUUUGGACCGACCAUCAAAGAAUGGAAACAAUGGACAGAGCUAUCGUGAUCACACUGCCCCACCAGAAUUCCAUGAAGAAUUGGAUGUCAGACAGAGUAGAGAUAAGAAUAAGAAAGCCCCGACCGAGAAGAGAGAUCGCUCAUUCUUUGGUGAGCUUAGAGAUCGAUUGAGUGGUAGACGAGGAAGAAGUCAGAAGAGGUCAAAAUCAGUGGAUCUGGAAAAUAAUCAAAUGUUGGAAGAAGCAGUUUCUCUUCCACCAUCUCGUGAUCCAAGUAGGACCAGGUACACAGUAUCCACGAAUGACAAAUAUCGUGAGACACAUUCGGUUGGUGGAAGAAGUGGAGAAUCUACCAAGAGUUUAUACCAGCAUAGUACUCUUAUAUUAGAGCUGGAUCAUGAGAAACAGCCAAAAUACUUCUUGAUCCCUCCAGCAAUGCUCAAUGAGCCAGCCGCGGCGAGGUUGAUGAGAAAAGGGAAGAAGUUGCACAUCUACAACGAUCACACAUUUGUGGCAGUCAAAGUUAAAGGUUGCAGCGGAGCAACGUGCAACGUUUGCCAGCAGCGGAUCAGAAGCAGUUUCUCGAAACAAGCUUAUCAGUGUAGAGACUGCAAAAUGGUGUGCCACAAGACAUGCCACUAUAAAACCGACGCCUUCUGCACGCAGAGUACUGUAUCCAAACUGCAAAUUGCAAAGGAUGUGGACUGGGCACACUACCUUAGUCAUUACCAAUUAGAAGAAUUCAUCUCCAGCGAAGGACUAUAA